AUGUCAAUGAAAAUGAUUUCAUUAACAUUUGAAAAGAACAUCAAAUUAACAGAAGUUUUUGGCUACAUAUUUUCACCAGGAACUUUGAUAUUUGGUCCAUUUAUAACAUUAAGAAUGUACAGAUUAUCAUUUCAAACAAAAUUUUUUUCAAACUUAUACAUUCCCAUUUUAUCAUUAAUUUUAUCUUCAUUGUUUUUAUUUUUGUCACACUAUAUCGUUACUGAUGUUGAUAUUUUAAAUCAUAAUUCACUAUUUAUUAACUACAAAACAGCAGCCUCUUUUCGUUACUCUCAUUAUUUUGUUUCUUAUAUUUCAUUAGCAUUGGCAUCUUUAUCUGGAAUUCCAAUAGAUCAAGUUACCUCGUGGUUUAGUGUAGAAGUUCCGCGUUCUAUGAUGAAUGUUGCUUGUUACUGGAAUAUUCCAAUGCAUAUAUUUUUUCACAAAUAUGUUUUUCAAAAGUUAAAAGAAAAUGGUAGAUUUACAGCUAUCCUCCUUACUUUUGUUUUCUCGGCAAUGUUACAUGGUUUCAAUUUUCAGUUAACAGCCGUCUUAAUAAGUAUUGGAAUUAAUGCUUCUGUUGAAUCAAAACUAAGAAACAGACUUUCUGUUAUGUUAAAUAGUUGCUGCAAAUCUCGUGAAUGUUUAGAAGGUUGUAAUCAUUAUUAUAGAAGAUAUCACCUUCGAACACUUAUUCUCCAUUUGAUGAUAAUACCGAUGAUGGUAGAUACUCGAUGA